AGUCCAGCUAUGACUGUAAAUGACCAUAAAUGAACUGUAAAUUACAUUGCGGUGAGCUCCAUUCAUAUAGUUCUAUCACGUGCACGUGUAUACGCACGUUGACAACCGUAACCAUAGCGUGCCGAGGGUAUAUAAACACUGCACAAGGUUCCAAUCGUCCCUUUACACUUGCUCGUGGACUUGUUUCGACCUGCUCCAACCUCAGCCUGUGGAAAGCUAAGUUUUGGAAAACAUUUUACUGUAAACGGAUUUUACUUGAAAGCGACAACAAGUACUUCAUCUGUGGAUCGUUUGUACUUGUUUUUGUUUUUCAAGUUUGAAGAUGGCUCGCCGUGGACCCCGACUCAUCGACAGCCACCUGGACUUCGCUGCAGGGCGUCUUGACUAUGUGGUUGAACGCCCUGCAGAAGAAGGCCUUCCUGAAGUCAUCAGGAUCCUGGAUGACACUGAUACCCAGCGUAUCAGUGAAGGUGAGUGUGGUGAGUAUUUUUUCUCUCUCUCACUCUCCACCUCUUCUGGUGAAGCACAGGACACUGAUACCCAGCGUAUCAGUGAACGUGAGUAUGGUGAGUAUUUUUCCCCUCUCUCACCCUCACCCUCUUUCCAUGAAGCACCAUAUGCUGAUGACGGUGAACAGGAAGGUGAGUACCCCCCCUACCUACCUGUAGAUGAUGAAGAGGUGAGUGAACCGACUGACAAUUCAUCUGACUGGAACGACUCAGAAGAGUGGGGGGAUUGGCUUAGCGAUGACUCGGGGUACGACACCAUGGAUGAGAGAGAUGAUUCCCCUCUCAUCCGGGAGCACCCUCCAGAGCCGUUUUGGCACGAUUGGCAACCCCCUAUUGCUCCAGGUGCUGCCCCCAUCGGCCAGGCCAACGCCCCACUCUUCCCUCAAGUUGUUGUCCCAGUUGGUGAUCCGCCAGCUGCUCCUCCCUCAGCUGCUUCCUCUGCUGCUCCUUCCUCAGCUGCUUCCUCUGCUGCUCCUUCCUCAGCUGCUUCCUCUGCUGCUCCUUCCUCAGCUGCUUCCUCUGCUGCUCCUUCCUCAUCUGCUUCCUCUGCUGCUCCUUCCUCAUCUGCUUCCUCAUCUGCUCCCUCUGCUGCUCCUUCCUCAGGAAAGAGAAGCCGAGAAGACCUCUGCCCCGAAGAGGUAAGUGCAAAGAGGUGCAAGGUAAGUGACACGUUCGAUGCCCCUUCAACAUCCUCAGGUUCUUUUGGAGUCAGACGUUUCUGGGAGAGGCCUUUUGACUUUUCUCUUGAUGACAGUGACUCUGAUUAGUUUAUGUUAGAACAUGUUUUUAAACUUUGUAACUCUUAUAUUAUUGUAUUGUAUUGUUUUUUUUGUUGAUAUGUGACAUUAAUAUUACAUUGUAACUGAAAGGUAGUUUUGUAGUUGUUAUUAUUGUUAUUAGAUGGAGCUAACACCCCACCCAGAAGACAGCCUUACCCCGACCAACCCGAUGAGAAGGAUGGAUGACCAAGUGAAAAACUGGAGAGUGGUGCUGUGUUCCAACUAUGGAAGCUGAGCGUGGACAGAGCUGCACAGAGGACCAAAGAUCCACUCUCAGCACUUCAUACCUGAUUGGCCACAGCACCACCCCUCCUCACCUGGGUGAGGAGGGCCCUGACCCCACCUCCACAGAGGGAGUUGUGAACAUGCACUUCUGUGUCGGUGGGUUUAGGAGCCUCCUCACACACACACGGAUGAAGACUGUCACUGGAAGAUGUCUCCAUUGCAUCAGCAGGACCUAACCAUUUGUAAAA